UUAGCACUAAUCUGUCUGCCUGUCUCUCUCUCUCUCUCUCUCUCUUAUAUCACUUGCUCAAAAUUUGCUCCUCAGGGUAUGAACAAUCCAUCGUACGAAGGAGAGAUGUGAAGACGCGAUGCCUAAGCUCACUGCUCCGCCCCUCCUCCUCCUGCUCCCCCUCCUCCUAUUCCACCUCCUCUACAUAGCACCGACCACCAAUGCCGCCUCCGCCGCCGCCCAUCGGCGGUUCAAAGAAGCCCCCAAGUUCUACAACUCCCGCGAUUGCCCCUCCCUCACUUCUGCCGACAUCUGCUCCCCCGGUGCCGUCCAUGUAGCCAUGACCCUUGAUGCCGCCUACCUCCGCGGUUCCAUGGCCGCUAUCCUCUCCGCCCUCCAGCACUCCUCGUGCCCCGAGAACCUGUGCUUCCACUUCGCCGUCGCCGCCUCCGCCGCCGCGGCCGACCUCGACUACCUCCGCCGUGCAGUCACUGCCACCUUCCCGUACCUCUGCUUCGGUGUCUACACAUUCGACGAUGCCGCUGUCGCCGGCCUGAUAUCCACCUCCAUACGCUCCGCCCUCGACCGCCCGCUCAACUAUGCCCGCAACUACCUUGCGGAGCUCCUCCCGCCGUGCGUUCGCAAGGUGGUCUACCUGGACUCCGACCUAAUCCUCGUCGACGACGUUGCGAAGCUCGCUGCCACCCCACUCGAUGGUGACGCCGUCCUCGCCGCGCCGGAGUACUGCAACGCCAACUUCACCUCCUACUUCACUCCCACCUUCUGGGCAAACCCUAGCCUGUCCCUCACGUUCGAAGGAAGGAGAGCCUGCUACUUCAAUACCGGGGUCAUGGUGAUUGACCGAGAGAAAUGGCGCGAAGGUGACUACACAACCAAGAUCGUGGAGUGGAUGGAGCUUCAAAAGAGGAUGAGAAUUUACGAGCUGGGGUCGUUGCCGCCCUUCUUGCUCGUCUUCGCUGGUCGCAUCGCACCGGUCGAUCACCGGUGGAACCAACAUGGGCUCGGGGGGGACAACUUCAGAGGGCUGUGUCGGGACCUGCACCCCGGUCCGGUGAGCCUCCUCCAUUGGAGCGGGAAGGGCAAGCCGUGGGUCCGCCUCGAUGCAAACCGGCCGUGCCCGUUGGACGCGUUGUGGGCUCCCUACGAUCUGCUCGAGUCACGGUUCGCGAUCGAGUCUUAAAAGAAAAGAACGGUACGCGAUAGAGGGGGAGUCCUCUUGUUUACUCUUUCACUCCAAUGGACUAACUAGUUUUUUCUCUAAUCUCCUCUUUAGUGUCUGAAAUUUGAUACUUCUUUUUUAUUACUUCUGAUAUUUCUCUCGUUUUGGCUCACAAUUUGGAGAAUCGAAGACCUGAAAGAGUGAGGCAGAUCUUUCGCUUCUCUUAAUUUGAUGAGAUACGUUUGUAUUGUACGUCCUUAAACUCGAUGACGACCCAAUACAACAUGUCACAUGGUACUUAGGUUAAAACUCCUGAAGAAGAUCGUCUGUCCUUUUGCUUUGAUAGCUGCCCAUGAUCUCAAUUCCAUAGGUAUGUUAGUAUCAAGUGCCCGAUCUGAUAUGAUAUUCCACCUAUACAUAAGUGCAUCUUUCAAAGAGUUUU